GCAGCGACUCGUCAAUACGCGGCAGUCGGGUGGCGUUCAAAGAGCCGUGUAGACGGGACAGGAAGGGCCAGUGCGAUUAUUUUAAUAAGAAACACCCGCACACGUAUGCGUGUAUUAAUACGCAAAAAGUAUAUCCACAUUAUAAAUAAGUGACAAUAAAAAAAAUAUACAACUUUUAUAAAUAAAAAAAAAUCGCGGGUUACAUUGUGAAUAUAAAAUGACAAUUGUCACGACAAAGUAAAAAACAUAAUAAAUGGAUCAUUACCGAGACAUGUGUCAACACACAGAACCGUUACAUUGAUGAAUUAAUUUCCAACCGUAAUUAAAUACGUAAUUAUUAUACAAGCAAUUAUAUUCCGUCAAGAAAAUUAAAUAUAAAUCACAGUUCAGAGUGAGAGAUUACUAAUAACAAAAUGACGCCGGCUCCUAUGGAUGAGAGUAUAGUGAGUCGCAGAAAUAACAAUGUGGUUUCCCUGUUACCAAGGAGUACAGUGCAGUUGGAGUUCAGAAACAUCACGUGUUCUAUAAAUGUGUUCUCCAUAAACAAACUUCGAUUUGAACGUAAAAACAUAAUCAAGGGGGUGAAUGGAUGCUUCAAGCCUGGAGAACUGACAGCUAUUAUGGGACCAUCUGGUGCUGGGAAAACUACUCUACUGAAUAUUUUAGCUGGCUAUUCAACACAAGGCGCCAAAGGAGAAAUAGCUGUGAACGGCGUCUGCGCAUGCGCAUCGCAGUCUGCCGGCCGCGGUGGCGCCCGCUACAUCCGCCAAGAAGAUGAACUCCGGGUGCACCUGACUGUCGACGAGGCCAUGUCUCUCGCGGCUGCACUUAAACUGGGCGAUUUCACAUCGUACGAGCGAAAAGAGAAAGUUAUCGAGAUCCUAGCAUUAUUAGGUUUGGAAAAAACAUCACAAACCCUUUGCCGCGACCUCUCCGGAGGACAGAAACGUCGAGUGGCUGUGGCGCUAGAACUACUCUCGGAUCCUUCACUGCUUUUCCUUGAUGAACCGACCACCGGUUUAGACUCAUCGGCAUCAGCAUCCCUAAUCUCUCUACUCAAUGACCUGGCGAGAGGGGGACGAACUUUAGUUGCUACCAUUCACCAACCCUCAGCAUUGCUCUUCGAGAAAAUAGAUACAGUUUACUGUUUAGCAAAAGGACAUGUCUUAUAUGAUGGGCCAAGGGAAAACCUCUUAGCUGCAUUGGAGAGUGCCGAUUUGCGAUGCCCGCCUUAUCAUAACCCAGCAGAUUUUCUAAUGGAGGUCGCUUCGGGAGAAUACAACAUAGAUUUAAUAAAAGCUGCCAGCACUAUGAAGAACUUCAAACCAGAGCCAACAGCAAACGGUAGUUGGGACCACGUGCCCACAAUACGCGCAUUAGAUAGCCCUAUAAAUGUAACGUCAGACCUGAAAAUGAAGAAUGUUCUCGGAGACUCUAAACACCAAAGAAAAUAUGGCAAAACGUUGUAUAGACCAUCUGGUCUACUGCAACAGACGUGGAUAUUACUCUACAGAAACUAUUUAAUGACUUCAAGGAAUUAUUCUUUGUUCAUGAUGAGAGUGGCAGCACACGUGAUUAUCGCACUGGUCUUCGGUUACCUCUACCACGGUGUAGGCAGUGAAGCGAGCAGUGUACUCGGCAACUAUGUCUACCUAUACGGAUCUAUGCUGCUUGUAGUGUACACCGGCAAGAUGUCAGUCACCUUAUCUUUUCCCAUAGAAAUGAAUAUACUAAAAGGCGAAUAUUUUAACAAAUGGUAUCAGCUGGGGCCGUAUAUUGUAUCUAUAUUGGCAGUGGAGUUGCCAUUUCAGAUGAUAUCAUGCGUGUCCUACGUAGUGCUAUCAUAUUGGUUGACUGACAACCCGUUGGAACCGACGCGGGCAACCCUGUUUCUUGCCACCAUCGUCGCGACCUCGCUAUGUGGGCAAGCAUGGGGAUACUUCAUUGGAUCUACAACACCGACAAAAAUUGCAGUAUUCCUCGGUCCCGUGGUGGCAUGCCUGUUUUCUGUGUUCGGCUUCUGCCUCGCUCUAUCCGACACCCCGUAUCCGUUUCGAUGGCUCCAUCAUAUAUCUUACUUCAGAGCAGGUUUCCACGUCGCUGUCCAUUCAGUAUAUGGCUUCAAUAGGACUAAAAUACAUUGUAAUAAAGAGUAUUGUCACUACAUAACGCCAAGCAAAUUCCUCAAAGAAAUGGACAUGGCUGACGUGGACAUCGGUGGGAACAUGGCUUUAGUGAUCUCCAUUACAAUACUUAUGCACAUCCUAACAUGUACAGCUUUGUGGUACAGACUGAACAAGAGAUGAUAUGUAUCCCAGUAACGCAGAUUUUAUAUAAUGUGACAAUUUGCUUAUAAACUAAUACUUAAGUUUCACUGUCACAGCGAUGGUAAUAGGUACAAAAAAACGUAUAGAACUGACAUAGCUAACUAGAUAAUAAGUAAAUUUGUAAAUGAAUGGGACAUUUUUACGAAUUACAACUUAAAAUUUGAUAAAACGUUAGAAUAAUAGGUAGUACGGUAAUAAGUUAACUUGCCCUUAAUAAGAUGAUGUACCUAAACUAAGAGUAAUCAAUAUGCCUUAUAUGACAAAGAAAUUUAUAUUGAAUAACAAACUAUAUAAUAUAUAUAAUGAAUAGGUCUAACUAUUUGUAUACGUUAUUUGUUUUACUAUAGUAAAGAAAUAAUAAAUGUAGUAAUUUAAUACCUAUUCCAUUUUUGUUAUAUUCUCUCUCUUUAUUACUUUUGUCUCUCUAUUACUUUUGAAAUCGGAAAUUAGCAAUCGAUAGCCAAAUAAUAUUCCUUAUAUUUCCAUUAUUGUCACAAUAUCUAUAUUGUCGCAUUAUCAUACAGUUACUAUUGAGAUAUAUAGUUGAGGGUCGAAAAAACAACGAAGUGACAUAUUUAGAUUUUUUGCAAUGAAGAAUUGCAAUGAUAUAUGAUAUUCCGAGAAAAUUGUAAGCAUUGUUUACUUUUUAGUAAUCUGUUAUAAUAAUAUAUCGAUUAUAUAAUAUAAUAGAUUUUACAUAGUACUAGUAAGUACUAUGUAAAAUCUUACAUGGUAUUUACUAAUCGACUGAUUUAACUCUCAUUCCUUUUGGGGUAAUCAUCAGGUACACUUGAAAUAUCUUCUAUAUUUAAGUUCCUUUAAAAAUCAUUUAUUUUAAAUAAACCCAGUAAAUUAAGGCAAAAUGAAAAUUGUUUAAUAUUUAAAACUAUUAUUUUAGACUGAUGUAAAUCAUUAAUGAAUCCUUAAUGAACAUCUCAACAAUUUCAAUGACUUUUGUUUCAAAUUUCAUUAAUUGUUUAAUUUAUUUCGUUGUGUACUUAAAUAUUACAAUUUAUUAUAUUAAUAAUAAAUUAUUACACAAAAUGAUAUGAACUGAAGCUGUCGUUAAAUUAUAAUUAAUUUAAUAUUAGAAAAUCACAUGCGCACGGCAUUUCAUUUUCUAAUGCAACUACCUAAUACCUACCUAUUAUUAUUACUGUUAGAAAUACCUAUAUUGCUAUAGGUAUUUCCAACUUCAAAAAUUAUUUUUUAUAAAGGAUAUUUUUUAUUUUUAAAAAUCGCUGUGUAUAAGUAUUAUAAUUUAUCUACUAUAAUUAUUGGUUUAUUUAUUUGUAUUUAACUAGGUUUUUAAUUACAAGUUAUUAAGUUUACUAUUAUGGUGAAUUGAAAAAGGACGAUUUAAAUAUGUGAUGACAUUAAAGGAUACCUCUGAAA